UGUCGUCCGAAUGUAAACCGACACCGCUUCCUGGUGCGGACUUUCCUCAUAAUAAAAGACGCACGAGAGGAGGAAACUCCAAGAGUUAGGUUCGGGUCUGUCCACGGAAGCGUUAGUCGUCAUUUUACGUCAAUAGUCGUGAAGAAUGUCAGACACGAGCAAAGCGUCCAAGGACGUGGCCCCGUCCUCGUCAAGGGUGAUCUGCGUGGUCUUCGUCCUUCUGCUGCUGGACCUGCUUGGGUUCACCCUCAUCUUACCUCUGCUGCCCUCCAUCCUAGACCACUACGCACACACUGGGGAUGCCGCCUAUCAAUCGCUGCAGAGCGCCAUGGAUGUCUUCAGAGAGGUGCUUGGGAUUCCCAUGGAGAAGAAGUACAACUGCGUCCUGUUCGGAGGUCUGAUCGGCUCUGUUUUUUCCUUGCUGCAGUUCUUGUCAUCUCCAAUCACUGGAGCUCUGUCAGAUCGCUAUGGCAGGCGACCUUUACUCCUGCUUACUACAGUGGGGAUCAUGUCUGCCUAUGUGGUCUGGGCUUUGUCCCGGAGCUUUGCCAUGUUUCUUUUGUUCCGGGUGAUCGCGGGUGUGUGUAAGGGCAACGUCAGCCUGUGCACCGCCAUCGUGGCUGACUUGGCUGACCCCAAAGCUCGGAACCGUGGGAUGGCCAUGAUUGGCUUGGCCUUCUCGGUGGGCUUCACCGUAGGACCUCUGAUAGGGGCGUACUUGGCCGUGACGUCCAAAACUGCGGGACAAGUCUUUUUCCAGACGCCAGCGUUGCUGGCAUUGGCCUUCAGUGUCGCUGACCUUAUUUUUAUUUGGCUCAUGCUGCCCGAAACGCUCACAGAGCAUGCCAAGGGUUCAAAUUCUGGGUUUCGGGACUUUCGAGACCUGCUCAGCCCGUUGGCCUUGUUCAGCUUUUCUGCUGUCACUAGAACCAAAGAUCCACCCUCAGAACAAAGAAUGCAGAGGCUCAAAGUGUUAGGCCAGGUUUACUUCUGCUACCUCUUCCUGUUCUCUGGCCUGGAGUUCACGCUGAGUUUCCUCACGCACCAACGCUUCCACUUUACUAGCAUGCAGCAGGGAAAGAUGUUCUUCUUCAUCGGCGUGGCAAUGGCAUCCAUCCAGGGUGGAUAUGCACGCCGAAUCAAAUCUGGACAUCAUGUCAAAGCUGUCCGCAUGGCCAUCGCCGCCCUGAUCCCAGCAUUUAUUCUCAUCGGACUCUCAUGGAACAUCACCAUGCUUUACGCGGGCUUGGCGCUCUAUUCCUUUGCGGCAGCAGUUGUGGUCCCGUGCCUCUCAAUGCUUGUCUCUGAACAUGUCUUUUUCCCCAGGCACGGCCAGUCAGAAAGGCACAGUGAUGGGCAUCUUACGCAGUCAAGGUGCUCUGGCCAGAGCUCUGGGCCCCAUAGUGUCUUCCUCUGUUUACUGGCUGGCCGGAGCACAGAUCUGCUUCCUUGUCACGUCGGCCUCCUUCGUGGUACCUCUGAUUCUGCUGAGCGCAGCCUGAUGACAGCUAAUACUACUCAUUUUGGUUCAUUUUGACACUAUGGAUGUCUUUGCAUAUGCUCAUUUGUGAGGGAGUUCACACAAGAUGCAAGAACAUCAAGGGCAAGAAUAAGAGAAGGGAGUCUGUGUGUGUGUGUGUGUGUGUGUGUGUGUGUGUGUGUGUGUGUGUGUGUGUGUGUGUGUGUGUUAUACUGUAAUAUUUUUGUCACGUUAAAGAACAAGCAUACACUGUUGUCGCCCUUAAAGAAGUCUAUUUUCUUAUCAUUGAGAGAACAUUUGUCUGCUUAAAAAAUAUUUAUACUUUUUACUAUACAAUUAAUCUCGUGGAACUAUACUGUAUUUAGUUACAAUGUGGAUUUUACGCCACUUUCUUUUUUUAUCCUAAAUUUUCAAAAGUAUAAUCUAUGGACAAAUCUCACUCUGUCGGCCAUUUGCGUCCACCGAGUUUCCUUUUUUUGGAACCAUUUUAGCAAAAUUUGUAAAAAGGGGAAACAAAAUCGUGCAAAUGUAAUGAAACUUAUCAAGGUUGGGAAUUUUUGUUCAACUCAUUAAAUAUAGCCCACUGGAUUAUGUUAACAUCAAA